AACCCCGGUUCUUCUCCACUAUUGCUAAAAUGGAUGCCGGUGUUGUAGCAAGGGUAAGCAGGGUAACUCGUGUGUGUGCAAGGUUGCAUUUAGUGUAUACAUUGUCUCGCAUGAGGCCGUGUAGUGUGCGUCGCUUCUGGGUACACCCGAUACUCCGAAAGCGUCUACAAAGGGGGGAAUACCACCUUCUCGUCCAGGAGCUCCGUCUCGAUGACCGCCUUUUUCAGAGGUACUUCAGGAUGAGCAAGGAGGUGUUCGACGAGUUGCUCGGAAAGGUGGGCCCACUGAUUACAAAGGUGGACACCCAUCUGCGUAUGUCAAUCGGCCCCGCCGAGCGACUCGCCAUCUGCCUACGGUACCUGGCAACUGGUGACUCGUACGCGACGAUAGCCUUCAGCUAUCGGGUCGGGCGUUCUACAGUGGCAGUCAUUGUCAAGGAGGUUGCGGGGGCCAUCUGGACCGCCCUGGUCGAGGAGUGCAUGCCGGUACCACAGGUGGAGGAUUGGAGAGCCAUCGCUGCUGGGUUCCAGGAGCGCUGGGAGUUUCCCAACUGUGUUGGUGCCAUAGAUGGGAAGCACGUCGUUAUCCAGGCUCCAGCAAAUGCAGGUUCCCUCUACUUUAAUUAUAAGUCCACCCACUCCUUGGUACUGCUGGCUGUGGUGGAUGCUGAGUACCUGUUCAGGGUAGUGGAUGUUGGAGGCUUUGGGAGGAGCAGCGACAGUGGGAGCCUGCGGAAUUCUGCAUUUGGAGAGAGCCUCCGAGACGGCAGUCUGCAGCUACCACCUGACACCGUCAUCGCAGGAUCAGAGCGGCGGGGCCCUCUCCCCCAUGUCUUCGUUGGAGAUGAGGCAUUUCCGCUGCUGGACAACCUUCUGCGUCCAUUCCCUGGACGUCACCCGUGAAAGGAGGUUAUUUAACUACCGCCUCAGCCGUGCCAGGUUGGUGGUUGAAUGUGCGUUUGGCAUCCUCUCAACCCAGUGGAGAAUGCUCAGGCGUGUCAUCACCACCAGCCCCGAGGUGACGGAGUUGUGUGUGAAGGCUGCCUGUGUGUUACAUAACUUCCUCCGCAGGAAGACCAUUGAUAUGCCAUCACGCACACCUAUCGCAAGGUCCACGGAUUAAGUUACUCCAACCCUGUGUGAUGCACCGAGGAUGGGCUCCAACAAUGCCACACGGCGAUCCAUCCAACAGCGGGAGACCUUCUGCUCCUACUUCAACGAGGAGGGGGCAGUGCGAUGGCAGGCAAAUGUGGUGUAGGCCCAUAUUUGUCUCCAAACCAAAAAGCUCUUUUAAGAGCUACCCAUUUUCUUUAAAAAGCAAAUAUUCCAAAUGAGCCAUUUUAAAAUCAACCAUUCCUAAUAAACAUGUUUCUUGAAUUGAUAUCAUGAUAUAACUAACAACCUUUUUCCUUCAGCCUCAUAAUUUUCAUCAGGGUUUCACCUGAAUAAUUACAGAAGACAGCACAUUAUAUAUCGACAUACAAGAAGCUCCUGGUAUGUUGUAACUGACAAACCACAUGAACAAGUCAAGACACAGUAUAGCCAUAACAUACUUUUAAAUAACUUUUAUUUAUGUGAUGUUGUGUGUGAUGAGUG